ACUGAUCAUACACGGCCGACAAGAUGAACGAACCAGAUGUGGAUCUCACGCAUGAGAUUAUGCCAAAAUGAUUCGCGAUUCCAAGCAAUAAACAGAAAAGAAUCCGAUCCGAUCUGAUCGGACGAGGAAGAAGAGUUUUGAAUUUGGUUUUGGUUUUGGGGGAAAGAAAUAAUAAGUAUAUCCAGAAAAAAAUGGGGUUGAAACGGUCCUCCUCUGGGCAACGGAACAGAGGAGGAUUCCGUGUUCCCGUUGCCGUUUUGCUCUUCUUCUUCAUUCUCGCACCUUCGCUUCUCUUCCUUGCAUCUCGUGGAACUACCACAACGACAACUACAUCGACGGAUCAGAGUGAUAUUCCCAAUGAAUCCAGUAAACUGAUGAUGGAUUGGAGAGAACGUCUGGCCAUGCAACAUAUGAAAUCCCUUUUCUCGAAAGAGAUUCUUGAUACCAUCACAACCAACACAGAUGACUCAGGACCAUGGAGUCUUGAUUUUUUCAGAAAGAACUAUUUGUCUUCUUCAUGGAAAAUUGACAGGCUAGAUGAUGAUGGGAUGAAUAAUGUCACUUUUUCAGAGCCAAAUGAGACAGUUUUGGAAGUAGAACGAGAGCCUCCUAAGGUCAAAGUGGAGAAUGUUGCUACAGCUGGGGAUUUGCCAGCAGGGGUUAAAGGGCGUAAUGAUGAUUCUGUCUCUGCUGAACGUUCUCAAUUCACAGAAUCUGCACCGAAACUGGCACGAAGGCAACUGAGGGAGAAAAGGCGUGAAAAGCGGGCAGCUGAGUUGGUCCAACAAGAUGACGAAGCAAUAGUUAAACUUGAAAAUGCUGCCAUCGAGCAUUCGAAAGCUGUGGAUUCUGCAGUACUGGGGAAAUACAGCAUUUGGAGGCGAGAGAAUGAGAACGAGAAUUCAGACUCGAAUGUGCGUUUGAUGCGAGACCAGAUUAUCAUGGCUAGGGUAUAUUCAAGCAUUGCCAAGUUGAAAAACAACCUCAGGCUAUACCAGGAACUAUUGGCUCGGAUCAAGGAAAGCCAACGUGCAUUGGGAGAUGCCAAUGCAGAUGAAGACCUACAUCACAGUGCUCCCGAGAGAAUCAAAGCUAUGGGUCAAGUCCUGUCGAAAGCCAGAGAAGAGCUGUAUGAUUGCAAGUUGGUAUCUCGGGAGCUUAGAGCAAUGCUUCAAUCAGCAGACGAACAAGUGAGAAGCUUGAAGAAGCAGAGCACGUUCCUAAGUCAAUUGGCGGCCAAGACAGUUCCCAAUGGAAUCCACUGCUUAUCUAUGCGCUUAACCAUAGGCUACUAUCUCCUCCCUCUUGAGAAAAGAAAGUUUCCAAAGAGCGAGAAUUUGGAAGAUCCAAAUCUUUAUCACUAUGCCCUCUUCUCCGACAAUGUCUUGGCUGCAUCAGUUGUUGUCAACUCAACUGUCUUGAAUGCCAAGGAGCCUGAGAAACAUGUCUUCCAUUUGGUAACUGAUAAAUUGAACUUUGGAGCCAUGAACAUGUGGUUUCUAUUGAACCCACCGGGGAAAGCCACCAUCCACGUCGAAAAUGUUGAUGAAUUCAAAUGGCUCAACUCAUCUUAUUGUCCUGUCUUGCGGCAGCUGGAGUCUGCUGCGAUGAAGGAGUACUAUUUCAAGGCGGACCAUCCAACCACACUUUCAGCCGGUUCUUCCAAUCUGAAAUACAGGAACCCUAAGUAUCUUUCAAUGCUCAAUCAUCUGAGGUUUUAUCUCCCCCAGGUUUAUCCUAAGUUGGAUAAGAUCCUCUUUCUGGAUGAUGACAUCGUGGUCCAAAAGGAUUUGACAGGAUUGUGGUCGGUCGAUCUGAAAGGGAAGGUGAAUGGUGCAGUGGAAACCUGUGGAGAGAGCUUCCACCGCUUCGACAAGUAUCUCAAUUUCUCCAACCCACACAUUGCCAAGAACUUUGAUCCCAAUGCAUGCGGUUGGGCCUAUGGUAUGAAUGUUUUCGACCUGAAAGAAUGGAAGAAAAAGGACAUAACUGGGAUCUAUCACAAAUGGCAGAACAUGAACGAAGAUCGGGUGCUAUGGAAGCUUGGGACAUUGCCACCUGGGCUUAUAACCUUUUAUGGGCUGACACAUGCACUCGACAAAUCAUGGCAUGUGUUGGGAUUGGGGUAUAACCCGAGCAUUGACAAGUCAGAGGUAGAGAACGCUGCAGUUAUUCACUACAAUGGGAACAUGAAGCCGUGGUUGGAAUUGGCAAUGACCAAGUACAGGUCAUACUGGAGCAAGUACAUCAAGUAUGACCAUCCAUAUGUUCGUAACUGCAAUCUGAGCGAAUAAUAGGCAGGCCAUGACACUGCACGACAUGGUCGGAGCCAUACAAAUGAUGGUAUACUUUCCUUUUUUCCGUGCUCUCUAUUGACAGAUGGCCGGAAAUCUGUUUUAAUGGUAGAGGUAGUGAGGUUGUUUUUAGCUUCUUUUAUUCUUCUUCCUUUGUUAAUUCAUUUCAAUUCAUUUCUCUGCCGAGAAUUGAUGUCACAGCCUUCCUUUCGAGGAAGCAAGGCUGUCUUGUCUAUGCAUACAAUGCAGGCAUGUACUUAGAAAAUUCCAUCUCUGCUCCGUCUGGUUCAGUGGAGUUGUACAAUGCGCAUUGUUGCUGCUUCUUGAGCAUAUUUCCAUUUCUUUCA